GCAUUAUCUAUCUAUAGUAAUAAAAAAUCAAUAACCGUAUAAACUCGCUUCUUAUAACGGAUAAAACGCAUCCAGCAACCCCCUCCCGCUCCUGCGCCACGGGGAGCUCGAUUGAACACGGAAACUCCAUCCCGCGUUUUCUGCCUUUUAUUUAGGACGGUCUCAAUAAUUGUUUUCAGUAGCCCUAUUCAAUAUCGCAGGUUGGCGUUCGUUCGAUAACUCCAUUCCGCGCGCGCCCGCGCCGUUCGAUCUGCUCCGCUCCGUGUUUUGCGCGCGCUCCCCCGCCUCUCUCUCUCUCUCGCGCUGAACUCCAGCCCCUCUCGCGCUCUCUCUAUCAGCCUUUCAUUCCGUCUCAAUAUGUCUCAAGAUGGCGGCCAAUGCGGGAUCGAUGUUUCAAUAUUGGAAACGCUUUGAUUUGCAGCAGCUCCAGAAAGAACUGGAUGCCACCGCCACAGCCCUAGCCAACAGACAGGAUGAAAGCGAGCAGUCCAGGAAAAAACUCAUCGACCAAAGCCGCGAGUUCAAGAAGAAUACUCCAGAGGAUUUGCGUAAACAGAUAGCUCCUUUGCUGAAAGGCUUCCAAGCAGAGAUCGACGCCUUGAGUAAAAGAAGUAAAGAAUCAGAGGCUGCUUUCCUCAGCGUGUACAAGAGAUUAAUCGAUGUCCCAGAUCCUGUCUCGGCUUUGGAGGCAGCUCAGCAACUCCAGGUGACUGUUCGGAAGAUGCAUGACUUAGAGACAGAAAACCAGAGGCUCAAAGAUACACUACAAGAGUACGAACGUGAAAUCGCAGAGGUUAAAAACCAAGAAGUCACUAUUAAAGCACUUAAAGAGAAGCUGGAGCGGUAUGAGCGUUCUCUGCAGGCCAAGAACACAGAGGAAGCUCUUGAUCAGAACCAGGACCGAUCAGGAAAAGAAGAGAGAGAAAGCAGAGGGGAAAACCUUCCUAACAACUAUGCAGACAAGGAGAGUCAGCCACAGCAGAGCCAGGACGUCAGGACAGAAGACUUUGACAUGAAAACACAGUCUUUACAAACAGCACUUGAAGCAACUCAGGCAGAACUCCACGAACUGAAGACGAAAUACGAUGAAGAAUCCACAGCAAAGGCCAAUGAGAUUGAAGCGGUGAUGACAGAUUUGGAAAGAGCCAAUCAGAGGGCCGAGGCGGCAGAGAGGGAGGCCGUGAGUCUGAGGGAGCAGCUCACUUCAGCUGGCAAGACCCUGCAACCAUCCAAUCAGAUCCAGAAAGCACCAGAAAUGGACAAGACUCUGGAGGCGCUAUCUUGCAGCAGUCUGGAGGCAGAGUUGGGUGCGAAGGAGAGGGAGGUGGAGCGUUUAGCCGAGGACGUUCAGAGACUCCAGGCCAGUCUGGCCCAGCUCAGCGAAACCUCCACCAAUCAGAUCAGCCAGCUUGAGCAGCAGCUGAGCUCCAAAGAGGCCCUACUAAAGCAACUUGAAGAAAAGCUUCAAGAGCAGUCAGACUACGAGGAGAUCAAACGAGAACUUGGCACCCUGAAAUCAGUCGAGCACAACUCAUCAGAUCAUCACUCUUCAGCACAGGACUUGUCCAAGCCUUUGGAGAUGUUGCUGACAGGGAAAGACCAUAGCCAGCUGUCAGAGAGCACUUUGAAACGACUGGCCAACAGUGAAAUCAGUGGAUCAUUGGGGCGGAAAAAUAAAGAAACUACAGUGGAAAACCCUCAGCGUCUUCCUGCCACUCCAGUCACUACCACGCUCCAGGGGUCUCCUCCUCCCCCCUCCCCUCAGCUUUUGAUGAGGACGGGCACCGCUACCUCCGAAUCCGCUGCCAGUGCCAAUGGUACCCACCCUUUUUCCCCCACGGGCAUCGGGCCAGACUUCUUUACCCCCGGCAUGGCCAGCGUGGGCGCCACGUUCCCCCCACUGGCUGGAAAAAUGGCACUCAACUCUCUUCUUCAGAGGCAGCUCAUGCAAACCAUCUACACCAAAGCCCUCCAGGACCCUUCUCCAAGUUCUGUGCUGUUCGGGCCGCCCCAUUACGCUACAACCAACUCUCUCUCCAGCCCCCUACCCCCUCAGUCAGCGGGCAGCCCGGAGGUUAAUGGCAUGGCGCCCUCCCCCAGCCAGUCGGAGGGCGCGGGCAGCACGUCGGAAGGGGAGGAAAUGGACACGGCUGAGAUCGCUCGACAGGUCAAGGAGCAGCUGAUCAAACACAACAUCGGCCAGCGUGUGUUCGGCCAUUAUGUUCUGGGUCUGUCCCAAGGCUCUGUCAGUGAGAUUCUGGCUCGACCCAAACCCUGGAGCAAGUUAACCAUCCGUGGCAAAGAGCCGUUUCACAAGAUGAAGCACUUCCUGUCUGAUGAGCAGAACAUCCUGGCGCUGAGGAGCAUCCAGGGCAGGCAGAGAGAGAACCCAGGCCAGAACCUGAACAGAGUGUUUCAGGAUGUUCCGAAGCGAAGAACCGGCUCGGAAGGCUCCACGCGGCCAGGUAACAUCACCACGCGGAUCCGCACACCUGAGACCGGCUCUGAUGAAGCCAUCAAGUCCAUCUUGGAGCAGGCCAAGAGAGAGUUACAAGUGCAGAAAGCAGACGGCGUGGGGGAGAGGCAACGGCGAUCAGGUUACCACAGAGGGUCGGGCAGCUAUUUCCAAAUAUAUGCACACAGUCUAAGACUUGUUGAGAGUUCUCAGCCUCCGUCCUCCUCCAGCAACUCUGACGAGAACAUUCGCUCCAUCCUUGAGCAGGCUCGGAGGGAGAUGGAGGCCCAGCAGGUGGCUCUGGAGCCUGUAUUGAAGGCCAGCUCUAUGGCCCCGACCGAUCUCUCGCUGCUGGGAUCCAAGCUUCUGGGUUCCCCACUCUCCUCCCUCCCCUACACCCCUAUUGCUCAGUCUCUGAAGAAGCCGUCCACCUCCCCUCUCCUGGACUUCCACGGUGGGGUGAAGAAGGAGAUGGGUGAGGUGGCCGUCUCAGAUGUGGGGCUGGACGGGGUGCCCAAGCUCGGACGUCUCUCUGAGAGUGGAGGUGGUGUAGGUGGGGGCUCUUGGAGGGAACACUGGUGGAGCACAGGUCUCUCUGAGCGCCGCGGAAGUGGGCAGCCCUCCGUUAGUGAAGAUGCCCACAGCCAAGAGGAUAGCAAGGAGAAGCUCCCUCGGCUGGCCAGCACUGCGCCCGUGGCUCCUGCUUCCUCUCUGGAUUACUGGAAGGACUGGCCCAGCUCAGAGUCCCCGUACUCACAGAGUUCAGAGCUCAGUCUGCAGAUGCCCAGCGGCAGUGAGACCCCUCAGAGCAGCCCACUGCCUUCCUCCUCGCCUUUACUGUCCCUCCCCAAAGUCGCCAAACCCGUGGUGCCCCCACUCACCCCUGAGCAGUACGAGUACUACAUGUACCAGGAAGUGGACACUGUCGAUCUCACACAGCAAGUCAAAGACAAACUAGCCAAGAAUGGCAUCUGCCAGCGGAUCUUUGGCGAGAAGGUGCUGGGCCUCUCUCAGGGGAGCGUGAGUGACAUGCUCUCUCGGCCAAAGCACUGGAGCAAGCUCACGCAGAAAGGAAGAGAGCCGUUUAUACGCAUGCAGUUAUGGCUGAACGGCGAACUGGGCCAGGCACUGAUGCCAAUGCCGGGACAGACACAAGAGAUUACUCCGAAGACCUCAGCCAGCUGCAGUCCUGCCCCAGAAUCCCCUCUGAGUUCGGCUGAGGAGUCGGUUAAAAGCCAGCAGGAGGAGCAGAUGUGCCGAGCGUCCAUCCAGGAGCCCAGCGAAACGUCCGAGUCCCAGCCCGGCACGCCUCUACCAUUACCUCUGCCGGGACACACGGGUCUCAGCAUACAAGAGAUGGUGGCAAUGUCGCCCGAGCUGGACACCUACGCCAUCACUAAGAAAGUAAAAGAAGUUCUCACAGAUAACAACCUUGGUGAAACUCACCAUGAAGAGGGCCAGCGUCUGUUUGGAGAGAGCAUUCUGGGUUUGACGCAGGGCUCUGUGUCUGAUCUGCUGGCCCGGCCCAAGCCCUGGCACAAGCUCAGCCUGAAGGGUCGAGAGCCGUUUGUACGCAUGCAGCUGUGGCUGAGCGACCCGCGCAACGUGGAGAAACUCAUGGACAUGAAACGGAUGGAAAAGAAAGCUGUUCUCCAUAUGUGUUUUCCAGCCUACAUGAAGAGGCGCCACAGCUCCAUUGGUGAGAGUCAUUCGCUGGACAGUGGUCUGUCAGGAAGUGACCUCACUCAGUGCGCCAGCCCCCAACACCUCUCCCAGCAGCAUCAGCAGCAGCAGCAGCCCCAGCUGAAGAAACCCCGCGUGGUUCUGGCUCCAGAAGAGAAGGAAGCUCUGAAGAGAGCCUACCAGCAGAAGCCUUACCCCUCCCCUAAAACCAUCGAGGAGUUAGCGAGCCAGCUUAACCUCAAAACCAGCACGGUCAUCAACUGGUUCCACAACUACAGGUCCCGUAUCCGGCGAGAGCUCUUUAUCGAAGAGAUACAGGCAGCGGCCGGAGAAGGCGGGUCCCCCUCUGCGCGGGCCGGGAAGUCUGGGGGUGAGGGAGACAACAGCUGUGACGGCACCGAGUCCGACAGCACAGCGGAGGGCCGACCGAGCGGCUCCGAGGAGCGCAAGGGCCUCCUGGAGAGCCCCGGCCUCAGCCACAGAGACGAAGAGGGCGAGGGCGAGUUCCCCAGCGCCUCGGGCACCAGCAGGCCGCGAGGAGGUAUCAUAGAUAGCCUGUUCGGCAUUCCUGAGACCGUAUCCGUUGCCACUGCCGCCGCAACCCCCUGCCGAAACCCAAAGGACAGCAGUCUGCGCAAGAAGAAAGCAGCCAACCUCAACAACAUCAUCCACAGGCUGGAGAAAGCAGCGAACCGCGACGAGCCUCACGAAUGGGAGUUCUGAGCCACCGCCGUGUUGUCGUUUUAUUCUCACUUUGUCCCUCACUGAGCUAACCUGGCCAAGCCUGGUGCACACACACCACCGGUUAACCCAAGGGUUUUCAAAUCGCUAUUUAGAAGUGGGCUAUCAGAGACAAGAACAAGAAAAGGAAACGAGUUUUUAGUCUGUUUAUUUUGUGAAGCACUUAACGGCCCUGCUGGCCACAGGGCUGUGACACCAUGGCUUAUGGUGAAGACACAAAACUGAAAAGCACAGGAGAGGGAGCGUUCCCCACGAAAUAUUCUCAAGACUGGCGACAGUCACAAAAAAACAAAUACACACUAUGAUAUCACACUGUCUCUAUUUCUAAUAGAGACGUUCUCACCAACAAGCUGAAUAACUGUUACAAUAAUUUAUCAGUUCUCAAGACUCUUGGGAGUUUCCUCUUUUGUAUCAUGUACGCUUCGGCCGUCAGCAGAGACUAGUUCGAACCGGUUUCAAACCAAAAGUCAAGCAUUUAAAAGCAAGUGUUGGCUGAAGGAACACGGGUGCACCGUCCCACCUGCCUCUCCCUCCCUACCCCAGAGGAGGCCAUCCAAUGGCUAUGCAACUCUAGUACGCAAUGGAUUCCAGCGUAAUGGAACCCGCAUUAUUUUCACAGUUCGGAAGCUUCUCCGAUGCGAGAAGAAAAUCCUUUUUAUAGCAAUUAAGUUGCCACCGAGAGAUUGCACAGUCAGUUGACUCUAAACAGCACUCCUUUUGGUUUUUACACGCCAACGGCCUAAAAGAGAAUAAAAAAAAAAUCACGCGAACGAAAAAUAAUCGUCGUAAAUAAGAAUCCACGUAUCACGCAAAAAUUCAUACUGUUGUUGUAAGGUCGACGCAAAUGGGAGACGGGAGAAAUUUCGUAACUUGAUAGCUAAGUGUCAAUUUUUAUCGUUAUUUAGGUCUCUUGUAAGGGUAGCGCUCGUUUAUUUUAUUUCUUUUCCAUAGCUUUAAUCGCCUCAGCGACUUGCGUUUUGAAGCUCGCGGAGGUCUUGUUUAAUAAUAAACAUCAUUUUAGGCCAAAACAAAGACAGAUAGUGAAGAAAAAAAAGGAUUUGUACAGUACUUUGAGUAAAUAUUCCUGACAAGAUAUUUUUUAAAGAGAAUGAACAAGCCUGAUUUUUAUCCUCUUAUAAUAGAACCAUACAUCAGAGACCUCUAACCAAGUUGGGCGGUUUGAGCCCAUAGAAUUACAAUUCUAAUCCAAUAUCUAUGGUGUUAUAAAUUCUAAUUCUAUGGUGUGGCCGUGGGCCACGCACUGUAUGGGCUGGUCCUCAGCACCAGGGUACCGGACGCUGAGUAUGCGGGGAAACCCUCCUAACCGCUCGCUCUCGUGCAAACUUCAGGUUUUUCACCAGCUUCUCCAUUCGCUGUUCACAUGACCGUAUACGAGCUUUUCAUGGCGUCCGCAACAUGUUCAAGGCACGCAUCUGUCCUCCGAGACAACUGGAAAAACACCUUGCGAAAUGGACUUUUGUUUUUUCAUACUGUAAAUGACGGAGGACUCGGACACAUCUUCAUCCACAUUUCUGGUUUAACACAUAAAAAAAGAGGAAAAUAUGUAGAUUGUGAAUGAAAAGCUCUUUUAUCUUUAGCAACCUGAGGUGAAUCGCUACACAAGCGCGUCAGAGGACGCGGCGAGGACUUUGCACCUCUGUAGAAACGUUCUUUCUCUCCUGAAACACCUUUUAAAACCUGCUCACUUUUCACCUCCGGCCCUUGUGUCAUUGUAUGCAGUUGAUUUUGUGAACGAAAGCACAGAUCGGUGGUGCCACGCGCUCGUCUGUGUGCGAACCUUGAGUGUGAGUGUGUUUGUGUGUGUGUGUGAUUGUUGAGAAGAGCGAUCUAUAUUUGUAUAUUACUACUACUACUCGCCACAGGCCGUGGAAGCAAACACCUCCUCACGUCCCUAAGCUAUUUAGCAGUCCUGCAGCAUAUCACAUAGUACAUUUAAGUUCUUUUUAUUUACACGCAUAAACUAAUGGUAGAUAUUUUUUUUUUGUUUUGUUUUGUUUGUUGGUGUGGUUUGCUUAUUUAUAGAUGCUGUCUUUUACAUAUUGAUGUCUUAUAUUGUUAUACGUGUUUUUUUUUUUUUUUUUUUUUUUUUUGUAAUGGAAGGGACUAUAAAAGGUCAGGUUACAUAUUUUUAGACUAAUAGACUGCCGGCAGUAUUGGAUUACAUUUAAAUGAUGUACUUUUGAUACAUGUCUAUUGAUUAAUUCUGAAGAUUAUCAUUUUUUUUUUUUUUUUCAUAUAUUUUACUCUGUUAGUGAGCUGGAUGAACAGUUACUACAUUGACAAAGGAAGCAGAAUUCUAUGUAUUGCAUUAAUGAUUUUAAUUAGUACGCAUUUUAGAUGUUUUAACAAUUUUUAAAGAUGACAAUUCAAGAUGAAUUGCAUUUGGCUGUAUUCACUCUACAAAGGCAAACCGAUUGAUGCUCUUGAAUUAGGUUUUCAGGUAAUUAAUUAACCUGCGAACGUUCUGAGAUUACGUUUAUUGUCGCAAUCAAGCUUAGUUGCUACAUUGAGCCAGUGAACAACUGGUAGUUACCGUCACUGAAAUUAGCUGUCGCUUUGAGCUGCACCUUGAGGAAUUGGUCUUUUUUUUAGUUUGUUUGUUUGUUUUUUAAGUAGGAAUGAAAUUCACUUGAUGUCGUUCGGUUGCGUUAAAAUUGACGCCGAUGAAUCUUGAAGAACAACGUCGGCUUAAAACUACCUUUGGCCUUUUUUAUGUGUGCCAAUGAAUGAUUCAAAUCAAAUUUGUCUCUUUAAGACCUAACGAAAGCACAGAGAGAUACUUCAUGAACCAAUGUUUUUAUCAGAAUAUACGAAUACGUCGAAGCCCGUGACUGUUUCUCGAACUUUCUCUCCACGUCUAACAUUGGAGUGCCUUCACUGAAAACUGUUCACUACUAUAAUCGCGUCGUCUUCAUUCCAAGUAAGUGAUUGGAAAUAUCGUGUGUCAGAUCAUACCACGUUUUAGCAAUUUUCGCCAGCAAGUUUAAUAAUAAUAAGGUAAGGUCUCAUCUAGUCUCAGGUCAUAAUAUUCUGUACUUUUAAGGGUGUCUGUAUUGUUUUAUCUGAGAGAAAACAGCUGUCCCAGGAUUCAGGCUUGGUUAUAUAAAAAAACCAAAGUUUUUACAAUGGCAAUUUCAAUCGGUUAACGCCACAUUUAUUUGUCCCAAAUGUCGUUUUAAUCAUUUCUAGGCAUUCAUUAGAUGUUUUUGACUUAUGUUAUUGUAUUUUAACGGUAAGUUUCCCCCGCGCUGGAGGAAGUUCACAGAUGGAUUUGGCAUGUGGAAACUCUUGAAAUGAUUUGUAGAAUAUAUACUGUAGUGUGGACCAAAUUGUCAAAACAGACAAAUCAACUUGUAAAAACUCUUUUCUGAUCAUAAACAUGUGAUUUCAAUUGAACACAAAGAAGAAGAAGAAGAAAAAACACUCAUUCAAAUCUGGUCUACAUUAUAAGGACGCUUUUAUAUGUCUGCCACGUUCUCACUGACUGAAACGUAACCGUACUGUUGAUAUCAUGGCAUGAAACACUUAGAAUAACACUUAGAAACAACGAGUUUCCAGACGAUUCUCAAUGCAGAUGUCCAGCACUUUUUCUCUGCUUUUUGCAAAUAUUUUUCUAUGGAAAGUAUUGCAGAUGACUAAACACAUCAACAUAUGACUGCACAGACAGCACGUUUAUAUGAUUUCUUAAUAAAAAAAAGACAAAAAAAGAAAAAAAGAAAAACAAAGCAACAAAAAAAGAUCAUCAUUAUUGAUAUUACAUUGGUAGUCACGAGUAGCAUUAAUGUAGAUAUUCGUCCGUAGCUUAGUUCGCUAGUGAUGUCAUAAUUGUUACCUCGUUUAUUCCCUCACACUUACAUCACUUCCUGAGACAGUAUGUUCUUUCUUCACCUGAGACAGUAUGUUCUGAACAGCCACAGUUUGUUUCAUUGUAUCCCAGAUGGAGAUUUUCUCUCUCUCUCUCUCUUUGUUUUUAAAGUUGUGUAAUUGUGUUACAUGUGAGGCGAGCACGACGAUUAUACAUCUGUCUCAGCGAGAGCAACAAUUUAACCAAGUUAUCAUGAUUCAUUUCGACCAACAAUCUAUGGAAAUGGGAUGUCUUGAUCAUGACAUUCAGAUCUCUCUCUCUCUCUCUCCCUCUCUCUCUUUCUCUUCUCUCUGUUGUUGCUCUGUAUGCUGUAAUAUGGGUAAUAUGAAGCCUUGUAAUGAAAUAUGACAGGCAGCUCCCAACACAAGCUGGUAUCCUAUAGAUUCUCCUUAGGUCUCUCAAAGCUCAGGUAGAACCUCGGUUUAGCACAGUCCUUUUGUCCAUUAGUUUGUUGGUGACACUUUCCCUCUUACACCUGCUAACGACAGUUGUAUGGUUUAUUUUUCUAUGUGUCAUGGUUUUGAACCACAAGAUGGAGCUGAAUCCUCCAUUUUACCUGAAUAAAGACUCUUCCACUUUGUUCUCUUGAUAUGUAUUUAGUUCGGUUGGUUUUUCCUUUGUGUAUCAUCAUGUAGUCUUGUAUUCUGUUCCCAGCGCUGUUCUAAUCCAAAAUGAAAAAAGCAAUAUCACUGUUUGAAAUUCAUUAUUAUUAUUAUUAUUAUUCCUCAUUACCACCAUAGGUGUAUUAACUGAAGUAAAUAUCUUUUGUACAAACACA